AUGAUGAACAUGAAUUUGCAACAUAUUCCAACAUGGUUUAAAAAUAUAAAUUUUUUUCAUGAUGAAUAUAUCGAUACUCGUAUUCCAGCUGCAUUAAUUAAUGAUGAGAAUAAAUUAUUGGAAGAAAAUGUUGAAGCAAAAAUAAAAGAAAUAACAUCGAAACAAUUAGAUAUCGAUGAAAAUAUUGAUCGUAUUCAAUUACUUGAAAAUCAUCAUAAAAUAAUUCAAGAUGAACUUCGAACUAUACAAAGGUUGUUAAUGGUACGUCGAACAGAAGAAACAACUGAACAAUCACAUAUAGAUAUUGAUCUUAAUGAAAUACAACGUCUCAAACGAUUAACAAUGAGUUUAGAUACUGAAUUGAUUCGAUUUACUAAACGAAAAAUUAAUUUCGAAAUGGAAAUACAAGAAUUAAAUAAAGAAAUAUCAACAAUUAGUAAUGAAACAUUAAUGGAAAAAGAUGCAUUAGAAAAAUUAAUUGAAUCGAUAAAGAAACAUGAUGAUGAAACAUUUUGUUUUAUAAAAUAUACACAAGAAGAUAAUAGUCGCAUAAAAGAAUUAACAAUUCAAAUGGAACGUCUUUCAGAAAAAUCAAAUAGUUUAAAACGAGUAUUAGAGGAAGAAAGAAUUGAAUAUGUUGGUCAUGAAAUUGAAUUAGAUAAAAUCGCGAAUACAUUUCGUCGUUCUCAUAAACAACGUCAACAACUUAUUCAACAAUGGGAAACAAUUCUUAUACAAAUGCAACGAAAAGAUUAUGAUAUUGAUAAAUUUUCUAUGGAACUGUUACAAAUUAAAAUUAUAUCUCGUACAAAAGAACAAGAAUUAAAUGAACAAAAAAUAUUCCACGAACGUGAACGAAAAAAUAAUAUAAUUAUGGAAAAAAUUAUUCAUUCAGCUAAACAAAAAGUUCAAAUAUUAAAAACAAAACAAAAGACAACUAUGGAUAAACAAGAAUAUUUGGAAACAGAUGUUCUAUCAUUGAAAACUGUUCUAUUCAAUACACAAAAUCAAUUACAACAUGAACGUGCUUCACUUGAUGAACUAAAAACGAAUAUUCGUUCGAAAGAACGCCAAUUUACAAAACUCAAACAACAACAUAAGGAUAUAAUUAAUCGUAAAAGUUUUAUACUUAAUGAAAAGUUUACAAUAAAUGAAAAAUUAUCGAAAUUUGAUAAAUUAAUGGAGAAUGAAGGAAAAUAUCAAAAGAAAUUAAAUAAUCAAUAUAAAAAAUAUUCGGAAGUUUUUUUUCUAUUAAAUAAUGAAUUAUUAUCAUUAAAAAAACGUGAAAAACAAUAUGAUUUAGAUAAUCAAACAUAUCGAAAUCAAAUUCAUAGUAUAAAAUAUCAAAUAAAUAAAUUUGAUCAACAAUUAUUAAAACAACAGGAAUUAAUAUAUCAUCAAGAUUUUUUAAAAAAAACAAUUGAUCAUCGUCUUAAUCGAAUAUUAAACGAGAAAAUGGACGAAAGAUCUUCUGAAUCAGAUUUAAAAAUUAAUGAAUUACAAAAUGAAUAUAAGAAGAAAAAAUCUCAAUAUGAUCAAUUACAAUCUCAAAUAAAACUUUUACAUGAAGAAAUAAGAUUGAUCAAACGUGAUUUUGAUCAAUUAAUCGAAGAAAAAAAUGAAUUAAAUGAAAAAUUUCUUCAAUUUGAUCUUUAUACAAAUUUAAGUGAUAAAAUGAUAACAAAACUAAAUAAUGAAAAAGAAGAUUAUCUUGUUGAAACAAAUCUUCUCAAUGUCGAAUUAAAACGAUUAAAAAAUCUUUUACAUAAUUCAAGUGAAAUCAAUUGUAGUUUAAAACAGCACAAAAUUGAGAUACAAAAAGCAAUUAAAGAACGUCGUAUGGAAGUACAAGCAAAUAGUCAAUUAUUUCGUUUACGACUCAAUGAUGAACGAACUAAAAAAGCGACUAUUUCAACUGAACUUGCUAUGCGUAUUACGAAAAUAACUAAAUUGAAAUAUCGAUAUGAAAGUUUUGCUAUAACAUUAAAUACAGAUAAAUCAGAUGAAGAUAAUAUUUUAGCACAAGCACAAUAUGUGAUUAAAUCUGCUCAAAUGAAAGAAGAUUUAUUAAAACAAGGUGAUCAAUUAGAAGCACUUGUUAUUAAAGCUGAGAAUGAAUUACGAGCACUUGAAAAUACAGUACAAAUUUUGAAAUGGAAUAAUAUGGAUGUUAAAAAAGCUUUUGAUAAACUAAAUAAAUCAAGUCCAGAAAUUUGUGAUAUGGAAAAACUUGAAGAACAUUUACGAGCUAUUACAGAACAAGUUAAAAUUCGUCGAAAAAUAUUAAAAGAUUUUACUGAAAAAAACAGUUCAACAUCUCAAUCUGACUUAACAUAUGAAGUAGAACAAAUAAAUCUAACUAAUACCAAUAAAUGUCAUAUUCAAAAUAAACUUGAAAAAGAAAUUGAACAAUAUCAUACUAAGAUUGUUCGUGCUGAUCAACUUAUUAAACGUUAUCAACAAAAUUUUGAAAAUAUUCAACAAGAUAUCCUUGAUAUUGAUGUUCGUCUACAACGUGAAACUAAUAAAAAGAUUGAACAACAACUUGUAUCUCUAUGUUUAACUAUAGGUGAUGAUAAUCUUAUCAAUACAUUUGAACAAUUAACAGCAGAUCAAGGUUUUAAACUUACAGUAAAACCAUUAUCAUCUCAGUUAAAACUUGAUAAAAAAUCUUCAUCAUCAUCACCAUUAUCGAAUACUAAUUUUACUCCAAAUCUUGUUAAUAUUUCUAUUGAUAGUAGUUCAAAAUCAUCAAACAAGAGUACAUGA